AUGGCUAGACUCCUUCCUCUGGAGAUUCUAGUCCUGAUCGCGAGCUAUGCGGUGACCCCGGAGCUGCUCAAUCUAUCUCUAACAUGUAGGGAGCUUCGAGAUAUCGCAAUCCCUUACAUCUGGGAGCAUCUCAUCGUGGAACAAGAAGAUGGCGUCAUCACGUGGUCCCCAGGCGGCACUUCACUCCCUACUACUCAUCUCCAUCACGUCAAGCAAUUUGACAUGGUGUGUAUGAAUACAGAUUUCAUGUCAAGUGCUGAGCGGACCGAGUUUGGUCAGACACUAAAGCUGUGUUUUGAGCGCAUGACCAAUGUUGAAAAACUAAAAUACGAUUCCUUCCGACAACGCUUCCCGAUUAGUAUUCAAUACUGA